AUGUCGCUCGUCAACCGUCCGAUCGGCCCCAUCGGCUUCGGCCUGAUGGGCCUCACCUGGCGUCCGAACCCGGUCUCGUACGACGAGGCCUGCGCCGUGAUGAAACGCGCCCUCGAGCUGGGCGCCAACUUCUGGAACGCAGGCGAGUUCUACGGCCCCCCCGAGGCAAACAGUCUGCAGUUGCUGCGCCACUACUUCACGCGGUAUCCCGAGGACCGCGCCAAAGUCGUGCUCAGCGUCAAGGGCGGGAUCGGGGCCCACGGCCCCGACGGCAGCGCAGCAGGGAUCAAAGCCAGCGUGGCAAACUGUCUGCGGCUGCUGGAGGGAACCAAGGAGAUCGACAUCUUCGAGCCCGCGCGCGUCGAUCCGCAGACCCCGAUCGAAACCACCGUCGCCGCCCUCGCCGACGAGGUUCACGCAGGACGCAUCCGCGCCAUCGGACUCAGCGAGUGCAGCGCCGCCACCGUCCGCCGCGCCGCGGCCGUCCACCCCAUCGCCAGCGUCGAGGUCGAGCUCUCGCUCUUCUCAACCGACCCGCUGUCCAACGGCGUCGCCGCCUGCUGUGCAGCCCUCCAGAUCCCGCUCGUGGCCUACUCGCCGCUCUCGCGUGGCUGGUUGACGGGCACCAUCUCCUCCCUCGACGAUCUCCCCGCCGACAGCAUGCUACGCCAGUACCCGCGUUUCCAGCCCGAGGUCUUUGACUUGAAUCUCAAACUCGUCGACGCCCUGCGCCUCAUCGCCGCCCGGAAGCGCCUCACCCUGCCCCAGGUCGCCAUCGCUUGGGUAAAGGCUCACAGUGAAAAGUCCCCGGACUUGCCCCUCAUCAUACCCAUUCCCGGCUGCACCACCGUCGCCCGCGUCGAGGAGAACCUCGCUCGCGUCGAUCUCGACGACGCAGACAUGCAACAAAUUGCUGACAUCUUGGAUCGCAUCCCGGUGCAUGGGGGGCGGUACGGGGGGUUUCUUGCGGCUUUGAUGGAUGGAUAG